AUGGACACCAACUGGUUGUACGUGUUGUUGCAAAGAAGCACGGCGGACCCGCUCGAACGUCUCAAGCUCGGAAAUGUGAUCCUGGUCGGUGAUCCCUCUCCCGUUCCCCUCUGAAACUGUUGCCUUUUCAGAACGAGGUGGCGCAACGAAAAGUGUCGCCACACCCAAAACUGGUCAAUGACUUUCUGGACGUCAUGUCCGGCUGGCUGACCGGCAGCAAUUUCAAGGUACCCGGUCGAUGACUGAUAAGACGACGGGGUCUUCCCUCUUCUCCUUAUCAGAAGUUGUUUCACAACAAAACACAGGGCAAAUUCUUGAAAUUUCUGCAAAAAUGACGUGUUUCGCGGAGCGUUGUAAUAAAAAAAGAGAAAGAAAAGAGUUGUCGGUGGCGUCCGUUGAUUUAUUGCUUUGGAGCACAACCGGAAGAGUUCAGGUGUCAACGAUCGCUUUGGAAAUUCUGGACGCCGCGUUGAGGACGUCGCCGGAAGUGCUCGCCAGUUACUACUUCGAUCGGUUAGCGGUGCUCAUUGAGAGGUAGGAAUAGUGUCUGUCUGCUGCUGAUUACCAACUUCAAAAGCCUGCCAAUCAAGGAUGGAUUUCCUACUGAACUUUUAGUGUGUACUGUGGAUAGGAAAACUGAAUGAUAGACUACUGUAGCUCAUACCCCAAUACCGUACAUUAUAGACAGUAUAUCACAGUUGCCGAAAGAGAUAUCAAAAAGUUGUAAACUAACAAAUUGCUCAUUAGAACUUGUUGUACGUUUUAUCCGUUGAUCACGUUUUGAUAUGUCUACUCGUGGCUGGGAUACAUCGAUUUGAAUGGACGGUAUUGGAGUGGUAGACGAGUACACUUCCAUGUUCAGUGAAAAACCGUAUAUAGAAGAGAUCCAGUCCUUAUCUGAUUGCUUCCAGAAUGGGAGACGCGAAGACGCAAGUGCGUGAGAUGGCCGUCAACCUGUGCCUCCAACUCGCUUACCUCGAAAACGCCUCCCCAGUGAUGCUGCUCGACCGCCUCUGUAUCCGUGGAACGGGUUUCGAGCACAAGCAAUGGCUCGUCAAACUCGGCUCUAUCACUAUUCUCAGAGAGUUUCUGAGCAGCAGGUAACCGCCCACCUACCGUACUCCUGUCUUCAGUACUCUCUUAGUUUCGCCCUGGUCCUUCCACAAGCGAUCGGACUGAUCGCUCAAUUGUGCCGUCUGACGAACGACCCGAAUUCCGAAGUUCGAGACGCCGCCACGUCGGCGCUCGUGGAUCUGAUGGUGUUCGGAGGGAAGCCGAUUGAAGUUAAGAUCGCCGGAACGCGACUGAUUAAUGAGCAGAAGUGAGUGUCCCCAAUCCGAUGUUUUCGCCUUGUCUUCCCCCGACGUCAUUUCGUCAACUGUACGAGUUCUUAUGCAAAGUGAAGUGACGGAUGGAAAGCGAAAGAGAGAGAGAGAGAGAGAGAUAAAUGCGCAAUGGUGAGAAGAAGAAGAAGAAGAAGAAGAACGUACGGAAGGGGGAGAGAGAGAGAGAAGGAUUUAUAUGAAUAUGUACAGUUCCUCUCUCUCUCUCUCUUUCUCUUUCCCAAAUCAUUCACGCUCUACAUAGUUUCGAAAAUGACACACGAACAUUAUCAUCAAUGAAAUCAAACGGCGACCGUAUUCCAAUUGCCAGCAGACGUCGUCUUCUCUUUCCAACUGUUAUUGUAAUCUUACUUUUCUCAGCUCUUUCUCAAUUGAUUCGCAUCGAACUUUGACAGCCCCCUCAACCAUUUCCGUUUCCAGGAUGACGUCCCUCGUCCAACGGUACCAGUCGACCGUGGCCGCCCGUGGGGAUCUUCCGCCCAAGCACUCCAUCUCCAUGGAGACGUCCUCGACUCCGCAGCCCGCCCGCAACUCUCUGCUCCGUCGCUCUCUCCGUUCGCCCGCCAAGGUCGCCUAUCCUUCGCGUAUUUCCACUCCGCCACGGACCUCCCUCGCCACUUCCCUGGCCCCGUUGUCCCUCUCGCCACUUUCUUCUCCAAUUUCCCUCACUUCGCCCAGCUCAAUGGCUCCGCCGACGGCUUUACCCGCCAGAUCCAGAGACUCGAAUCGGAGUUCCAUGCGUGCUCCGGCCGGAAUGUCGAUCUCAAGGUACCGCAGUUCGAGCUGUGCUCCGGCUCAGUGCGCAGUCAGCCAGGAUGACUUCAGGAAGGCGUUCACGGCUGUUCCGAAGACUGUGAGUGCAUAAGUAUAUUGAUGUUUGCAUUUAUCGUUUUUGCAGACAAUAUACUCGGGUUUGGAUGUUCGUGACAAGCUGGAACUCGCCAAGUCAGUGCUCUGCAAUGCGAAUGAAGAUUGGAGCAAACGGGCGAAUCAGUUGAAGCUCAUCCGCUCGGUCGUGAUCAACAGCGACGAGUCCAUCGAGCAUCGGCUCUUGCUCCAAUCCCUCAACGAGCUCUCCGAUGCUCUCGAGUUCUCCGUCCGAGAUCUCCGCUCUCAGAUUGUCCGCGAAGCCGCCGUCACCUGCAGCUUCCUCUUCGAGACGUUCGGAAUGGAAGUGAAGGGAAUCGCCGAGAACGUGCUCCCAGCCGCCCUGUCUCAAAUGGCGGUGAGCACGAAGAUCAUUGCGUCCAGCGCCUCCACGUUGACCGUCUUCAUCGUCCAGAAGAUUCCGACCCGUCAGAUCUUCACAAUUCUCUCCGAACUCUCUGCUUCCAAGGCCAAGGAGCAACGCCGUCAGUUGGCUGCUCUGCUGGAGGUGCUCAUUUCGUCGUGGGACCAGAAAUCCAAGCAACCUCUUCUCAAUCCUAUAGGCCAAUUGGUUCAGAAUGCGAUUUGUGAUGCGGACGGAGAGACGAGAGUGGCUGGAAGGAAGGCGUUCACCAAGUUAGAGCAGUUUCACUCGUCAGUGGCCGAUCAGAUAUUUAGAGUGAGUUCACCAAACUCAAGUACUUUCAAUAAUGCGAUUCUGUAGGAACUGGACCCGGCGAAACAAAAAAUGCUUCGGGAAGGUGUCUCUUCGUCGUCAUCCAGUCUGAACAGCGAUCGCGAUAAUAACAAUCAACGACAGCAGCAGCAGCAGCAGAACAUCAGUCAAAGUGAGAAAGGCUAUAAUUAUAUGAAAAGUACAUAUAAUUGCAGAGUUCCUUUCGCAAAGAAGUGCCUCCGCGGUGGACACAAAGGUCCAGAUGAUCCCUGUGAAGCAGCCGACCCGGCCGACAUCCAUCAAUCAUAAACUCCCAAAGUCAUCCACUUCUACGUCAUUCUGUAAGUACGCCCAAAGUCUGAAAUUGUCUGAAAAGGCUAUUCCAGCAGCAGUGAGAUCGAGUGGAUACGGACAGCAACCGGCCGCCCAAUCAAGGGCCAAAACUCCGAACGACGGAUUCGGGGGCGCCAAGUCCUCCUCCUCCUCGCCGUCCACUUCGACCAUCCAAACUCCGAUCCAACGCGUCGCUUCCAACCUCGGCAGUUCUUCGUUCGUGGCCUCUCUGACUCAAGAACAAGCUUCGAACCUUCAAUCCGCAAUGGAUAAUGCUCGCGACGAAAUGAGCAGAGGACGGAACAACGAGGACGACGAGUUUCUGCUCGGCGCGAUCCCCAAGAGCCCGCAUGCUCAGACUCCUCCGCGUAGUAACAACAACAUCAACGGAACGAGCGACUACAACAGUGUCGAGCACAUUCUGAAAGCAUGCACGAGCAGUUCGGUCAAUGAGAAGAGGGACGCUCUUCGCAAUCUGGCUCACAUUGUCAGUGAUAUGAACCUCGGGGACUUGGAGUGCAAGCACAUCGGGGACACUUUGACACGUCUUCUGGCCGAAGGGAACACCACUCUGAUCAUAUCCAUCCUCGACACCAUCUCUCUCUUCGUCAAGUGCCACUUCCAAAAGCUCGAGCCCUGGCUCAAACUCGCCCUGGGUAAACUGUUCGCCAAAAUGGGAGCCGAGGCGCUUCCGAAUGUGAGAUCGGCGUUGAACUCGUGUCAGAAAGUCAUCCUCACCUCGUUCGAUCCGUCCAUUCAACUAAAAGCCGUCUGCGACUUCAUGUGCGACCCCGUCCACUUGCUUGUUCCAAAGUCCCGACUGGCUCUUCUCGAGUACAUUUGUCUGUUGUUCGAGGAGAUUUGGCCGGAGGAUCCGAGAUGUCUGGACAGACACAAUCACCUGGACACUCCGUACACACGGGCGGCCAUUCGCAAGAUGUUCGCGUGGAUGUUCGACCCGAGAAUCGGAGCCAUUCUUAUGCCGGUUCGUUUUAGUUUCCAACCCCCUUACUUGACCUUCUAUCGCACUGUUUUUUUUAGGCCUGUGAGCGCUUGGUUUGUGCUCUGUUCGCUCUAAAUGCUGCCGAUUUCACAAUGAUCUUCGGCGAUCUGAGCCCGGAAUGCCGGGAUUGGUCCUAUCGGAUUCUUCAAUUGAACGGACAGCAGAGAAGGAAUGAGCCGACGACAAUCGAGAGGGAAAAGGAGGCGUUCAGUAAUAACAACUACAAGCCGUGCCCGCUGGAUCAGGAAAUCGUGGAGCCCCCCGUCCAGAAAGUCGCCUACUCGACGUACGAAUCCACGCGUCGCGAGUACUCCGAACGCAUCGAAUCCUCCUUCUCCGUGACUUCACCGGAGCGCAAAUCGACCGUCCAUCUGGCCCAAAACCACGUGGAUCAGGCGGCGUACAUCCGGCAGCAACUGGACGGAAUCCGCGAGUUCGAGCGACCGGAGCGGGUGAACGAGGCGAUGGCUAACCUGCACGGAAUGAUGUGCGAGGGCUCGUUCACCCUCUGGAAUCAGUUCUUCGACGAGCUUCUCGAUUCGGUCUACCAGAUUCUGUCCACAUUUUGCGCGGCGAUCCGCAAGAAGUUGGCGCUUCGCAUUCUGCAGAAAAUGUGCAAUGCGCAGGCGGCGAAGCUGUUCGACUCCACCGAAAUCGCCGUCUCGAAGGUGCUCCAUUGUGCGGUGACUUCUGAAGACAGCACGAUGGGCGUGGCCGCCGAGGACUGUCUUCGGAUUCUGGCGACGCAUCUUCCGCUUCCGAGGAUUGUUCAGGUCAGUUCCACUCGACGAUUCUCGCAUUUCAGACACUUUUGCAGGUAUCGCAUCGAAUUCUGUCGCAAGACGACGACCAGCGAAGUGUGCUCAUUCUGAAGAUGCUCACCCGAAUGUUCCAGGACAUUGACGUCGAGGAGCUGCAGCUGAUAUUCGACAACGUGGCUCCGUGCUUCGUGCAAGCCUACGAUUCGCCCUCUUCCUCGGUCCGCAAAUGUGCAGUUUUCGGCCUAGUGGCUCUUGUGCAGCGGAUCGGAAUGCCCAGAAUGGAGCCGCAUUUGAAGAGCUUGAAUGCCAGCAAACUCAAUCUGAUCGACCUUUAUGUGGGACGCGCAAAGUCGUCCGAGUCGGGAACCUCAUCGAACUGA